AUGGGAGCCUUCAAGAUUUCUAGAUAUAGGAAAGAACGAGUGGAAGAGACCCCUCCUCCUCCAUAUUCAUUGCUUGCCGACGGUGGACUCGUGGUAGAGUCAGCGAAUGUCCAAGGGGAUGGCCGAAUUGAUGUGAAUCUCGAAUCCAAGAUCGCGAGAACGCUCGCCAAAAUCAUCGACUUGCAACAAGAGGACAUCCACAAUCCACCUCCCGACUACAUCGACCUAAGUAAGCAAGUCACUACAUGUGAAUAUAAGCUCAACAUUGUUAUUCAAAUUGUGGGAAGCCGUGGGGAUGUGCAACCUUUCAUUGCGCUGGGAAAUGCAUUACAGAAACAUGGUCAUCGGGUCCGAAUUGCCACACACGGUGUCUUCGCAGACUUCGUACAUGAAUCAGGAUUAGAGUUCUAUUCUAUUGGCGGAGACCCUACAGAAUUGAUGGCAUUCAUGGUCAAAAAUCCUGGAUUGAUUCCACAAAUGAAAACACUGCGCGAGGGGGAGGUGCAAAGAAAACAGGCUAUGGUAGCGACAAUGCUCGAUGGGUGUUGGAAGUCCUGUAUCGACGAUGACCCAAUAACCAAAGAGCCAUUUGUUGCAGACGCGAUAAUUGCCAAUCCUCCUAGCUUUGCACACAUCCAUUGUGCACAGGCUCUAAGCAUUCCUGUUCAUCUCAUGUUCACGAUGCCGUGGAGCAGCACCAAGGCCUUUCCCCAUCCUCUCGCCAAUCUGAACUCUUCUUCUAUGGAUCCUCGGACUGCGAAUUGGGUUUCUUACGGAGUUGUCGAGUGGCUGACAUGGCAAGGGCUAGGAGAUGUGAUCAAUCGAUGGCGGGUCUCAAUAGAUCUGGAGCCUAUCCCCGCCACAGAGGGGCCUGCUCUUGCCGAGGCAUUGAAAGUACCAUACACAUAUUGUUGGUCUCCUGCCCUUGUGCCGAAGCCACAGGAUUGGCCAGGGCACAUUGAUGUCUGCGGGUUUUUCUUCAGAGAUCCCCCAUCAUAUUGCCCACCCUCAGAUCUGAGGGAAUUUCUACAAGACGGUCCACCUCCUGUCUAUAUCGGCUUCGGAAGUAUUGUGGUUGAGAACCCUCAACAGCUGAUAGACACUGUUGUCCUCGCAGUGGUGAAGACAGGGGUACGUGCAAUUAUUUCAAAGGGUUGGAGUGGGCUUGUUGGAAGCCCAAACCCAAAUAUCUACUAUAUUGAUGACUGUCCGCAUGAGUGGCUCUUUCAACAUGUCAGUGCGGUAGUUCAUCACGGAGGUGCUGGUACCACUGCGUGUGGUCUCAAAAAUGGUCGACCGACAGCCAUAGUGCCUUUCUUUGGCGAUCAACCUUUCUGGGGCAACAUGAUUGCUAGAGCCGGUGCUGGACCUAAACCUAUUCCAUUUGCAUCUCUCAACUUCGAACGACUGGCUGUUGCUAUCCGAUACUGCCUCACCCCGGAGGCAACAGAAGCUGCACGCAAGGUAGCCUCCAAAAUGCAGAGUGAAUCGGGUGUAAUUGCAGCCGUGGAGUCUUUUCAUCGAAAUCUUCCCGUGGACAGAAUGAGGUGCGAUUUGAUGGCUCACCAGGUUGCAGUUUGGAGAUACAAAAAGGGCAAAGGCCACUUGAGUCUGUCGAAUGCAGCAGUGCAGAUCUUGAUCGAACAUCAAAAAUUGAAUGAAAAGCAUCUUCAGUUUCAUCCGGUCAAUCCGAUCGUCAUUGAACAUCGCCGCUGGGAUCCCAUAACCGCAAUGUUGUCCGCAGCUACCACAACCGGCUCAACUAUGCUGUACUCAACUGCUGAUAUGAUUUAUCACCCCUACAAAGAAUACAAACGCGGCCGUUCUCCAAACCCAUCGUCAAGAGCCUUACAAGCUAGAGCACUCCCUGGCAGCUCGCGUUCACGGGAGCCCUCGUCAACAAGAAUAUCUGCGGCUGACGAAGCAAAUUCUCAAAAUUGUCGGUCACCAUCCGUUGAGCCUGGAUCUGAAACUGGACCAGAGAAAAAGAGAAACGGUCUCGCUGUCGCAGGUAGCAUGGCAGGUGCGACGAUGAAAGGCUUUGGCAAAUUUACCGGAUCAUACUUCAAAGGAGUGGUAGUUGACAUUCCACAUGCUGCCGCCGAAGGAUUCCGACAGGUUCCUCGGCUGUAUGGAGAAACGCCUAAGGACUACGGCGUAAUCCAGGAUUGGAAGUCCGGAGCUAUUGUUGGUGGCAGGAAUUUUGUGGACGGCAUGAGUGAUGGUUUCACCGGUCUGUUUACACAACCUGUUGAUGGGGCAAAAGAGGAAGGUGCUUUGGGCGCAAUCAAGGGGUUUGCUAAGGGCACUAUUGGGCUUGCAACAAAAGUUCCCUCUGCUGGGAUCGGACUGGUGGCUUAUCCUUUUCAAGGAAUUACUAAAAGUAUCGAGUCGGCCUUUCGUACACAAACUCGCAAAUCGAUUGUGAAUGCGCGGCUCAAGAGUGGAUUUUAUCAGACAAGUAGAAUGCAGAUCACCGAUGAAGAGCGACAUGAAAUUCUGCAGUCAUUUGAUAGAUUUUUGUGGUCGGCGGAUACUUAG